AUGUCGACUUUAAUGCGCAUGCGACUUAUGAAUGGUGGGGAGAUCCUUCGGGAAAAGAUAUUACAUAUUUUCGACCAAAGAGGAAUAUCUGCUCCUGCUUCGAAAAAAGUGAAAAUGGGAAAGCUUACUGAAGAGGAACGAGAAAAAGAUUUAAAGCCAUUAUUAACAAAUGGAUGGUCUGUGCAACAAAAUAGAGAUGCUAUUUAUAAAGAAUUUUUAUUUAAAAAUUUUAAUCAGGCAUUUGGUUUUAUGACCAAAAUUGCAUUGCAAGCAGAAAAAAUGGAUCAUCAUCCUGAAUGGUUUAAUGUUUAUAAUAAAGUAAACAUUACUUUGUCCUCCCAUGAUGUAAAUGGCUUAUCACAAAGAGAUGUUAAACUUGCAUCUUUUAUAGACAAGGCUGCUAAAGUGGAAGAAAACUAA